CGACACGGGGAAUAGGGCGUGGCUAUGUUAGCAACCUAGCAUGCUAAUAAAAAACAACAGACCGCGAUAUGUUUUGUCAAAUCCAUUCAAAGAAGUAACAUCUUUGUGUGUUAAAAACGAGUUAUGUAGCGGGUAUGAGUUUACGUAAUGGGAAACGUUUUUGGGAGAAAGAGUCACCCUUCUCGAAUCACAGAGCAGGACAGAGCUAUACUGCAACUGAAACAGCAGAGGGAUAAACUGAAGCAGUACCAGAGGAGAAUCACACUACAAUUGGAGAAAGAAAGGCUUCUGGCCAAACAGCUGUUGAAAGAUGGGAGAAAGGAGAAGGCACUGGUUCUUCUUAAGAAGAAGCGGUACCAGGAUCAGUUACUAGAGAAAACUGAUAAUCAGAUUUCAAAUCUGGAGCGCAUGGUUCAAGACAUUGAGUUCACCCAAAUUGAGUUGAAAGUCAUUGAGGGGCUGAAAGUUGGAAAUGACUGUCUGAAGAGUAUGCAUGAGGUGAUGUCCAUAGAGGAUGUGGAGAGAAUCAUGGAUGAGACUCAGGAAGCCAUUGAAUAUCAGAGGCAAAUCGAUGAGUUACUGGCGGGCACGUUGACCCAGGAGGAUGAAGAAAGUGUUCUGGCCGAGCUCCGAGCUCUCACUCAGGAAGAGGAAGUACAACUUCCCGACGUUCCCACGGAUCCCCUUCCUGAAGUACCGGAGGCAGCCAAUGUUCAGCCAGACCGGAUGCGGGCGAAGGAGAAUGACAUGCCUGAGAUGUUGGCAGCGUGACCAACAGAACUUUGUUUACCAGUCCUCGGUGGUUCUCUACAUGAAGGCCUACACACCCGGCAUGCACCUCUUGUGCAAACCCAGGCAGUGUUUUAUGUUUCAAUAAAAAUAGCAACUUCCUGGCACGGCAGUUGGCAUCACAAUGAGCACUGUAGCUGUGCUGAGUGGCGCUCUGCUCCACUGUACAUUUUAUUCAAGUGAAAAAUGACCUCAUAAGUUGUUUGUGUCUGUUUUUGUCUAAUUGUUCAAAUACUAUUGUAUUAUACUACACCGAUUAGGACACAAUAGAAUGGCAUGAGGGAUUUUAAAGUGUUUCU